UGGAACCAGUGAAAGCCGCCAUGACAAAGAUGGCAGCAGACGAUCACAGUGGUCUAUCCAUAGCGCGCGGUCCCCGAAAUGACCCGAUAAACAAGAAAGUUCUGUGACCAGAAACUUACGCUCGGCGCAAGGGACGCUCGAUAAUAGGUGACACACGACAAAUGUAAGUUUUUAAUUUGUAAUAUUUUAACAGAAUUUUCGUGUUUCUUUUUCUUUCUGCUAGACCUUCUUUUUCUUUCGCCCCCCCCCUCCCCCACCACAGAAUCCCCCAAUCACCUUUUAAAAUACAAUUUUACGUUACAGCUAGGCAUUUUCGUCAAGUAAAUUAUGAAUUCAUCUCUAUUUUUACAUUUUUAAAAGAAACCUGUAAAUGAUAUUUACACUUUUUAAUAAAAUAUGUUGAUGUCAAAGGCAAUUUAGCGAAAUAUUCUUAUUCACUUUUUGAAAAUAAUAAUGAAAAGUCCUAAAAUAAAUACAUAUUUUGUGAUUUUAGAUGAAUAAACUCAUUUUACUUGCCCAUUACCCAUCCAAGAAUCAAAUUUGAUUACUAUUUUCAUCAUAUAAAUGGGUUAAGUAAAUUUUAUCACUGCCUACCUGUAGUAUUUUCUUGAAAAUAUCGAUACACAUUAUUAGAAAUUUACCUUUUCCUAUGCUGAAUUUUUUUUACUCCCCCACCCCACCCCCACCCCACCCCCUAAAAAAAAAAAAAAAACAUGUCUUACGUUGAAAUUUUUCAAGUUUAAAAUUUGUUUAUUAAUCAAUUUUUUUUAGCAAAAUGCUAAAAAUUGAAUAUGAACGAUGUAAUCAAGAGAUACUUCCUUUUGUUUGGAUAAAUUAAAGACUCUUAUGUUAUAUAAUACUAUAUAUGUCUACCUCCUUGUGUAACAUAGCUCUUUUGAGCUAGACGAGAAAACAGCCAUGUGACUUUCCUUAUCUUAUCAUUACGACGGGUACAAUUCAAUCUUGACACUUGAUCAUCAACGCCGGCCUGAUGUGUAAUUCUAAUGGUCUCACAAAGGUGGGCGUAGUGCACACUUGUUUUCUCAUCAUUAUGACAGUCGUAGUUCACACUUGUUAUUUCAUCAUUCAGACAGGCUUAGUUUACACUCAUAAUGUAAUCAUUAAGACAGGAUUAGUUUUACACUCAUAAUGUCAUCAUUAAGACAGGAUUAGUUUUACACUCAUAAUGUCAUCAUUAAGACAGUCGUAGUUCAAACUUAAAAUUUCAUCAUUAACAAAGGGCGUAGUGCACACUUGUUAUUUCAUCAUUAAGACAGGCGUAGUAAACACUUGUUAUUUCAUCAUUAAGACAGUUGUAGUUCCCACUUGUUAUUUCAUCAUUAAGACAGGCGUAGUCCACAUUUGUUAUUUCACCAUUAAGACAGGCGUAGUUCACACUUGUUAUUUCAUCAUUAAGACAGGCGUAGUAAACACUUGUUAUUUCACCAUUAAGACAGGCGUAGUUCACACUUGUUAUUUCAUCAUUAAGACAGUCGUAGUUCACACUUGUUAUUUCAUCAUUAAGACAGGCGUAGUUCACACUUGUUAUUUCAUCAUUAAGACAGGCGUAGUUCACACUUGUUAUUUCAUCAUUAUGACAGGCGUAGUCCACACUUGUUAUUUCAUCAUUAAGACAGGCUUAGUUUACACUCAUAAUGUAAUCAUUAAGACAGGCGUAGUUUACACUAGUUAUUUCAUCAUUAAGACAGGCGUAGUUUACACUCAUAAUGUCAUCAUUAAGACAGGAUUAGUUUUACACUCAUAAUGUCAUCAUUAAGACAGUCGUAGUUCAAACUUAAAAUUUCAUCAUUAACAAAGGGCGUAGUGCACACUUGUUAUUUCAUCAUUAAGACAGCCGUAGUAAACACUUGUUAUUUCACCAUUAAGACAGGCGUAGUUCACACUUGUUAUUUCAUCAUUAAGACAGUCGUAGUUCACACUUGUUAUUUCAUCAUUAAGACAGGCGUAGUUCACACUUGUUAUUUCAUCAUUAAGACAGUCGUAGUUCACACUUGUUAUUUCAUCAUUAAGACAGGCGUAGUAAACACUUGUUAUUUCACCAUUAAGACAGGCGUAGUUCACACUUGUUAUUUCAUCAUUAAGACAGUCGUAGUUCACACUUGUUAUUUCAUCAUUAAGACAGGCGUAGUUCACACUAGUUAUUUCAUCAUUAAGACAGGCGUAGUCCACACUUGUUAUUUCAUCAUUAAGACAGUCGUAGUUCACACUUGUUAUUUCAUCAUUAAGACAGUCGUAGUUCACACUCGUUAUAUCAUCAUUAAGACAGGCGUAGUUCAGACUUAUUAUAUCAUCAUUAAGACAGGCGUAGUACAUACUUAUAACCGAUAUAUAUUUUGUUGCCUUUAUAUAUUGUAGGACAUUUCCUAUUUUUGGGUCUUGGGAAAUCCUUGUUUAGUAACUCAAUCUCAUAGAAUAUCCCUGCUAAAUGCGUAGAUGUAAUCAAGUCGAGUGUCUGACAUUUGAUGUAGUGUUUGAAAUAAAUAAAUUUGUACAAAAAUAUUUGAAGAUUUGUUCUACGAUGUUGUUGCGUUCCCCCCCCCCCCUUUUUACAAUUUGAAUAACUGUGUUUUGGAAUUUAUUCUCAAUCGUAGAAUUGAAUUGUUUAAGGUUGGGCUAAAGCACCCCGUCAAUACCUGAAUAAUGGUAAUGAAACUGAUAGCUCGAGAAUCACAAAUUUUGACAUUUUGAUAAACAAACAAACAAAAACAAAAUAAUGCGUUUUAAAUGUUGUCUGACCUGUUAAUUUUUUUUUUAAAACUCUAUUUGAUUGAUUAGAUAAAAUGUCAUCAACAAUUUAAUCUCAUGUUAUUUUCUUAUUGUCAGUGAUUCUUUGUCUCGUUUCAAAACUUUUCAUGAUUCGAGUUUUAAAAAGAUUAAAAUCCCAGCCAGGUUCCAUUUUUUUCUUAUUUAAAUCUAUGAUUUUUUUGGUAGUUUUCAUGUGUGAUAGACAUACAGCGACGGUGAAUACAGGACGAUGUGAGAUGGGAAAUAUUGGACAUUGGGAGAUGUGAGAUUGGAAUACAGGACGAUGUGAGAUGGGGCUAUUGGGCAUUGGGAGAUGUGAGAUGGGAAUACAGGACGAUGUGAGAUGGGGCUAUUGGGCAUUGGGAGAUGUGAGAUGGGAAUACAGGACGAUGUGAGAUGGGGAAUAUAGGACAUUGGGAGAUGUGAGAUGGGAGAUACAGGACGAUGUGAGAUGGGGAAUAUUGGACAUUGGGAGAUGUGAGAUGGGAAUACAGGACGAUGUGAGAUUGGGGCUAUUAGACAUUGGGAGAUGUGAGAUGGGAAUAAAGGACGAUGUGAGAUUGGGGCUAUUGGACAUUGGGAGAUGUGAGAUGGGAAUACAGGACGAUGUGAGAUGGGGAAUAUUGGACAUUGGGAGAUGUGAGAUGGGGAAUACAGGACGAUGUGAGAUGGGGGCUAUUGGACAUUGGGAGAUGUGAGAUGGGAAUACAGGACGAUGUGAGAUGGGGGCUAUUUGACAUUGGGAGAUGUGAGAUGGGGAAUACAGGACGAUGUGAGAUGGGGCUAUCGGGCAUUGGGAGAUGUGAGAUGGGGAAUACAGGACGAUGUGAGAUGGGGAAUAUUGGACAUUGGGAGAUGUGAGAUGGGAAAUAAAGGACGAUGUGAGAUGGGGCUAUUGGGCAUUGGGAGAUGUGAGAUGGGGAAUACAGGACGAUGUGAGAUGGGGGCUAUUGGACAUUGGGAGAUGUGAGAUGGGAAUACAGGACGAUGUGAGAUGGGGGCUAUUUGACAUUGGGAGAUGUGAGAUGGGGAAUACAGGACGAUGUGAGAUGGGGAAUAUUGGACAUUGGGAGAUGUGAGAUGGGGAAUACAGGACGAUGUGAGAUGGGGAAUAUUGGACAUUGGGAGAUGUGAGAUGGGAAUACAGGACGAUGUGAGAUGGGGAAUAUUGGUACUGCUAGUUUUAAUGGGGAGUUCCUAACUGCUAGUUAUGGCGAUAUUUUUCAGUAAGGCUUGUUUUGGCGGGGGUUUCAGUGUUGCUAGAUUUUGCGGGAGUUAUAGUACUUGUAGUUUUGGUGAGAGUUUCAGUAGUUCUAGUUUUAGCGCAUGCUGUAUUUCCAUAUUGUCAGGAGACAUUUCAAAUUUGCCUACAGCCUUUUAAGACAAAGAAAAAUAGUUUAUUAUUGAAGGUUACCUGACUUCCAAGAUAUAUAAACCCACUUAAUUGAUAAUUCUUCUCAUUGCCACUAUUGCUUUUUUUUUUUAAAGCUGUGUAUUGUCUAGAGGUUAAAUUAAUGCACACGUUUCUCUCAUAUGGCCACACACCACAGUCACGUGAUGGCCUUAUCCAAUGAAGCAACAGAUCUUAUGUCACAGAGCACACGAUUAGCAUAUUCCUUGAAAGUUCCAAAGAAAUUUACGCUUCCCCUUCUGCUGCUCGUGAGCUUGGCGCACGUGGCUACGGGUCAAGGACAGAGACAUUCAUGGGAGGCACCCGGAUGCCAUCUUGUGGGUACGUGUUCUUUCUGUGACUACAUUAACAAUUGAUUUCCUCUUUUAUAAAAAAAAUAAUAAAAAAAUAUCACCCAGCAGCCCUUCUAUGUACUGCUUCUUCUAGAUUUUGAGGGCCCACGAUCAAUGCAUUGAUCAUUCUGGCUUCUAGAUACAAUGCCUUCAUCGGGACAACGUCUACAUUUGUAUUUUUAAAAAAUCAUCAUUAAAACUGAAAAUGUAUUGUUUUAUGGACACAAAUUAUUUUUCUGUGUCGAUUUGAUCUUCUAUUCAGCCAAGGAGUGUGACUUAUUUUUUUUUUUGAAUGAUUCUUUAAAAAAAAAAAAUUAUUGGACAUGAAUAAGGUUUCACUUAAAGGAGUCUUCUCUUCCGUCUGCCAGGACACACAAGGCCGGUGACCAUACCAGGCUGUGGGCCGUUUGCGGUGACCACGAAUGCGUCCCGCGGGUUCUGCUGAGUGUGACUUAUUUUUUUUUUUUGAAUGAUUCUUUAAAAAAAAAAAUUAUUGGACAUGAAUAAGGUUUCACUUAAAGGAGUCUUCUCUUCCGUCUGCCAGGACACACAAGGACGGUGACCAUACCCGGCUGUGUGCCGUUUGAGGUGACCACGAAUGCGUGCCGCGGGUUCUGCGUGUCGUACGCCAUCCCGUCCCCUUCGCACACGCUGGCCUUCAACCCCAACUUCAUCAUCACCUCCAGGGCGGAGUGCUGCGGGUUUCUGGACACCCAUGAUGUAAGUCAUGUGUUGGUACUUAGUGAUACCCACGAUGUAAGUCAUGUGUUGGUACUUAGUGACACCCACGAUGUAAGUCAUGUGCUGGUACUUAGUGACACCCACGAUGUAAGUCAUGUGUUGGUACUUAGUGACACCCACGAUGUAAGUCAUGUGUUGGUACUAAGGGACACCCACGAUGUAAGUCAUGUGUUGGUACUUAGUGACACCACGAUGUAAGUCAUGUGUUGGUACUUAGUGACACCACGAUGUGAGUCAUAUGUUGGUACUUAGUGACACCACGAUGUAAGUCAUGUGUUGGUGCUUAGUGGCACCCACGAUGUAAGUCAUGUGUUGGUACUUGGUGACACCCAUGAUGUAAGUCAUGCGUUGGUACUUAGUGACACCACGAUGUAAGUCAUGUGUUGGUACUUGGUGACACCCACGAUGUAAGUCAUGUGUUGGUACUUAGUGACACCCACGAUGUAAGUCAUGUGUUGGUGCUUAGUGACACCCAUGAUGUAAGUCAUGUGUUGGUACUUAGUGACACCACGAUGUAAGUCAUGUGUUGGUACUUAGUGACACCACGAUGUGAGUCAUAUGUUGGUACUUAGUGACACCACGAUGUAAGUCAUGUGUUGGUGCUUAGUGACACCAUGAUGUAAGUCAUGUGUUGGUACUUGGUGACACCACGAUGUGAGUCAUAUGUUGGUACUUAGUGACACCACGAUGUAAGUCAUGUGUUGGUACUUAGUGACACCACGAUGUGAGUCAUAUGUUGGUACUUAAUGACACCACGAUGUAAGUCAUGUGUUGGUACUUAGUGACACCACGAUGUGAGUCAUAUGUUGGUACUUGGUGACACCCACGAUGUAAGUGACACCCUUUAUGUAACUCAUAUGUUGGUAUUUAGCAAAGUCUCCUAUAACAAACACAACUUCUCACAUUGUUAAAAUUCAUUAAUUAAUUGUAAUACGGGUGUGUGGAAAAUGAGGAUUUUAAAAAAAAUCUUUAUUAAAAUCCAUCACUACUAUAAAAUUUCUUUCUGAUCUGAUUAAGCAACUUUAUUUCAUCUUCCCUUUUACCCAACAAAUUCAUUUCAUCUUCCCUUUUACCCAACAAAUUCAUUUCAUCUUCCCUUUUACCCAAGAAAUUCAUUUCAUUUUACCUUUUACACAACAAAUUCAUUUCAUUUUACCUUUUACCCAACAAAUUCAUUUCAUUUUACCUUUUAAUCAACAAAUUUAUUUCAUCUUCCCUUUUACCCAACAAAUUCAUUUCAUUUUACCUUUUACCCAACAAAUUCAUUUCAUUUUACCUUUUAACCAACAAAUUCAUUUCAUCUUCCCUUUUACCCAACAAAUUUAUUUCAUUUUACCAUUUACCCAACAAAUUCAUUUCAUUUUACCUUUUACCCAACAAAUUCAUUUCAUAUUACCUUUUACCCAACAAAUUCAUUUCAAUUUACCUUUUAAACAACAAAUUCAUUUCAUUUUACCUUUUACCCAACAAAUUCAUUUCAUUUGACCUUUUACCCAACAAAUUCAUUUCAUUUUACCUUUUACCCAACAAAUUCAUUUCAUUUUACCUUUUACCCAACAAAUUCAUUUCAUUUUACCUUUUACCCAACAAAUUCAUUUCAAUUUACCUUUUACCCAACAAAUUCAUUUCAUAUUACCUUUUACCCAACAAAUUCAUUUCAAUUUACCUUUUAAACAACAAAUUCAUUUCAUUUUACCUUUUACCCAACAAAUUCAUUUCAUUUGACCUUUUACCCAACAAAUUCAUUUCAAUUUACCUUUUACCCAACAAAUUCAUUUCAUUUUACCUUUUACCCAACAAAUUCAUUUCAUUUUACCUUUUACCCAACAAAUUCAUUUCAAUUUACCCUUUACCCAACAAAUUCAUUUCAUUUUACCUUUUACCCAACAAAUUCAUUUCAAUUUACCUUUUACCCAACAAAUUCAUUUCAGUUUACCUUUUACCCAACAAAUUCAUUUCAAUUUACCUUUUAAGCAAAAAAAAAUUUAUUUUCCCAAAUUACAAAACAAAAUUCGAUGUCACCAUAUGUAAACAUUUCUUUGUCAACUUUUGUUAACUGUCAUGGUGUCGUUUCUGAAAAAUCAACAAGCCAACAUAAAAUUACCCACACAUAUGCACGAAUAGUAUUAUAGCAGUCUAAUCCCUGAUUAAAUCAGCAUUACGACAGUUUACCUGGAUAACGUUCCUAAUUUACAGCAGGAUCGAAGUCAACAUUUCUGAGAUAUGGAUAGAACAACCUGGUAUAUAACACUGUGCACACUGUUUGUGCAUUCAAGGUUUUGUUUGUUUGUUUUUUCAUAAUUAUUUUAUCAUUUCAAUAACAUUCAAGAAUUGCCAUGUUGAAAAUUUGAAACGUUGAAAUCUAUUUGUUUGGAUACAGGAAUGCCAUUCGCCUGUUUGAAUUUGCUGUUUUAGCUGAGAGCUAGUAAGAGAUUUUAUUCUGUCGUAGUUUUGUCCCCACAAUUUGAAUCGUCCCGGGUAGUCAGCUUCUGCUUUCCGGCGCUGAGCACUUCUAUAAAAAUCCCGCGCAAAGUAUUUUCUAUCAACCCAUAUCAAUGCUUAUCUUUUAUCUGCUCUUCCAAACUUAUGCUAUACACUUUCCCCGAAAGUUCUUUUUUUUUUUUUUUUUUUUCCUGUGUCUUUUUUUUUUUUUUUGUUUUUUUUUUUCCCCGAAAGUUUUUUUUUUUUUUUUUUUUUGGUCCUGUGGCUCUAUUUUAUUUUUCUAACAAAGAUUUCCGUGAUGGUUUGUUUCCACCGUAGAGUCUGAGCCGUCUCAACCUUACAAUUCAACUACAACAACAACACAGUGAGCUUGUGGAGUUUUGUUUGUUUGUUUGUUGUUGUUUUUUUCGUAAUCGCAUACAUCGUUGGCAUCCGAUUCCGAGCUUGCAGGUGAGUCUGAGCCGUCUCAACCUUACAAUUCAACUACAACAACAACAACACAGUGAGCUGGUGGAGUUUUUUUUUUUUUUUUCGUGAUCGCAUAAAUAGUUGGCAUCCGAUUCCAAGCUUGCAGGCGAAUCAUGUUUUCGUCUGUGUCAUCAUCACCAACUCUCCCGGCUGCUUGACAUAGGCACCAUGUCACGGGCAACUGCAGCCACCGUCAUUUGAGUAGAGUGGUCUUUGUAGAAAGAGGAGAGACAGAGUUUUGCGGUUUAUUAUAUCAGGAUUAUUAUUUUUUCCCCCGACGCCAUUAUUUUCAGAUAGAAUUCAAUCGAGAAGCUCACAGUUGAAGCAUUUUAAUUUGAUCUUUGAGCAAAUCUAAUGCGUGAAGCAAGUCUGGUGUAUGGAGCAAGUCUGAUGUGUGAAGCUAGUCUGAUGUGUAGAGCAAGUCUGAUGUAUGGAGCAAGUCUGAUGUGUGGAGCUAGUCUGAUGUGUGGAGCAAGUCUGAUGUGUGGAGCAAGUCUGAUGUGUGGAGCAAGUCUGAUGUGUGGAGCUAGUCUGAUGUGUGGAGCAAGUCUGAUGUGUGGAGCAAGUCUGAUGUGUGGAGCAAGUCUGAUGUAUGGAGCUAGUCUGAUGUGUGGAGCUAGUCUGAUGUAUGGAGCUAGUCUGAUGUGUGGAGCGAGUCUGAUGUAUGGAGCAAGUCUGAUGUAUGGAGCAAGUCUUAUGUGUGGAGCGAGUCUGAUGUAUGGAGCAAGUCUGAUGUAUGGAGCAAGUCUUAUGUGUGGAGCGAGUCUGAUGUAUGGAGCAAGUCUUAUGUGUGGAGCGAGUCUUAUGUGUGGAGCGAGUCUGAUGUAUGGAGCAAGUCUUAUGUAUGGAGCAAGUCUUAUGUGUGGAGCGAGUCUGAUGUAUGGAGCAAGUCUGAUGUAUGGAGCAAGUCUUAUGUGUGGAGCGAGUCUGUGACACUGAACGCUAUACAUUGUGCUAUUAUGUUAGUCUGUUGUUUGAAGUUUUUGUCUUCCGUUUUGUUUGACUCUGGUGUGGUUGAUUUUUUUUUGGUUAGGGCGUGUGUGGGUUUGGAAUGCACUCGCAUUAAUUUGAUCAAUUGACGGAAACAAGGAAAUCUGUUUCAAUACUGUUGCCCAGGGGAGGCCAUAUGUAAUCCAUGGGGGGAAGGGGGGGUGAGAGAAUUUGCGAUGGCUUGAUGGCUUUCACGUCUGUGUUGAGGAGAGUCAAUCCAACCGUGUCACGACCUUGUAUAACUCGGUGUCCCUCACGUGACUUAAUGUCAUUACUUCCAUCGGAUUGCGUGGCCCGGAGCUGCCCGCUCUCCCGUCACCCAACAGUUACAAAAUCGAAGCCAUUAUGUUGCAUAAGCUUUAGUUUGUGUUUAGAUUAUUUUCUUUUCGAAGGAUGUCUACCAUAUCUUUUAUUUGCUCUAAACGUCACUCCUUGAAGGUAACUUAUUUAGAUCACCCACCUUUCGAGGUAUUUAAGCUUGGAGGGGGUUGGGGUGUGAGGUUAUGUUAACAAUAGUUCACUUCACAUAUUACCAACAGGCAUCGCCACUUCGUAUAAGAACGCAUACCAACUCACCUCAGAUAUCCCCACUUAUAUAAAGAUAUAGGUGGCCUAAAAUUUUCCGACACAUGUCACCAGAGAAUCACUAAUCAAAUAUCUCACUUAUUACUCCCACGAAUUUCCCCUUAAGUGUUUAAACAACAUAUCACAUUAUUAUUGUUAUGUCCUUCCCCACGCAACGAUGGCCAAGGCAACCUUCGACUUGAGCAGUAGUCUCGACUUGUGGUGUAUUUUGUUUCAAUGAGGGAGGGUUGCUCAACUUGUCCAUGCCUAUCUGAUCCAAUGGCAAGACUUGAGCAGUGUGACGUAAAUGGUUUACUGGUUUCUCUAUGCGUUCUACGUUGCCGGUACUGUCAGAAUGUUCACCGUGUCAAUGUCAUAUCGGCUACAGGGCUCCGUCUCCAGGUUUGAUUUCAGAGUUUGCGUUUUCUUAGAUGUGCUGCCGUCCUAGAUUCUCGAUUCCCAUCCACCUGGGGGUGCUGAUGAUAUUUUUUUGCAUUUGCUUGGAUUGAACUCGAGACCACUAGCCUGGCUUUGACGUUGUUUUGACCACUCGGCCACCAAUACAUAUUAAUACAUAAAUCAAGACAUGCAUCACCACAUGCAUCAACAUUAACAUCAUCACCCAUAUAACCCCAUUUAUAACCGAACAUAACACAUAUCAACACACAUAUCACUAGCUACCUAACCAACCAAAUCCCCCCCCCCCCCCCCCCCCCCCCCCCCAAUUUCACCACAAAAUAAUGUAUCCCCACCCGCAUCACCACAUAUUGUACAAGCCAAACGCUCAUACAAUUCAAUUACCAGAUCAACACCUAUAUCACACCACAGGCGUCAGGUAACUCCAACUCUCUGUUUUUGUCUCUGUCCCCAGGUCAGAGUAUGGGUGGCUUGCCGUGAUGGCUACCAGCAGAAGACAUUCAAGUCUGCCCGAAGCUGCGCCUGCUCCAUAUGCCGACGCGAGCAGUGAUGGUGGCUGGCCGAGCAGGGAUGGUAGCUGACCGAGCAGUGAUGGUAGCUGACCGAGCAGUGAUGAUAGCAGACGUGAGCGGCGAUGAUGGCAGACGUGAGCGGCGAUGACAUCCAAAUGGACCACACGAUAACGUUGGCACGGUUUACAUUACGCAUUGAGAUGAGAAGGAGCCAAACGACCACGUUGAUGAAAUAACACCAUUAGAUUAGAUACUCGACAGAAUUCGCUUUGGUUGUUCCAGUGUCUCAUGCACUGGCUGGCUGGCCCGCCUGUGUUAGCGUCCAUUUAGUUCAUAAAUCGUGAAGUGUCUCCCUUGAAAUUUAGCUUGUUUUCGGCCUCCAUUUCAUUGAGACUAAGCAUUGAAUCUGUCUAGCAUCCAGGAAAUAAAAUAUUCUCUGUUACGUAUCAUACGCGAAGAUAUGUGUAUGACAAUUUUCUUUCAUGUGUUUCGUAAGCAUGGAGAAAUAAAUUAAACUCAUUUAUUUAGAGAACUUUUUGUGUUAAAAUUUAUUGGUGUCAAUUUCUACAUAUACCGGUUGUUAAUUUUAACAUAUACUAGUUAUCAAUUUCUACAUAUACCAGUUAUCAAUUUCUACAUACAACAGUUAUCAAUUUCUACAUAUACCAGGGGUUAAUUUCUACUCAUAUAUGUUAUCAAUGUAGUAAGAACUUUGACACUUAUUUUAACAUCAUGUGGAAAAUGUUAACUUCAUUAUUUAAACACAGACUAUGUAAAUAAUUCACCACAUCAAAAAGAUUGACGCACUUCACUCAUCCAAAUUUUUUAUUAGAAAUGUAAAAGAAAAUAUGAAGAAAAUAAUUAAAUGCACUGUUUUUAGUUGAAAAAAACAACAACUAAGAACAUGAUAAG